GGCACGCGAUAGCAACUGGUUGUCGCCGUAGCAGCGUCAUGGCUGGUUGGUGAAGUUUAACCGUCCUGAUUCUAGGCACCGUCUAUGUGCGUCGGCGUCGGGAUCGCAACGCUCGCAGUCGCUCUCGCGUCACCAGUUGGGCCGCGGGUUCCGGUGGCGGCCGCGCGAGCGUCUGCCGCGAGCGCACCUCGCGCCGUGAUGGUGGGUAUGGAGCCGCGCCGAUCGCCACGGCUGCGCGCGAAGGAGCCGAGCCUCCUCGCCGACGCCGCCGAAUCUGCCGCCGGCCGCCCCGGCUCCACGGGAGGCUGGCUCGUGCGCCACCGCUCGCUGCUGCUGCUCAUUGCUCUCGUGCUGCACAAGUGCGCCACUGACGGGCUGACGCGCUGGACGCGGCUGCAGACGUCGUACUCUGGCGCAACGGUCGCGGUGCUCUCCGAGGUGUUCAAAUUCCCGCUCAUCGUGGCGGCGAUCUGCAGCAUCGGCGGCGGCGCGUCGCAGAUCGCGCCCGUCUUCAAAGAGGCGCUCUCCAAGCCGCUCGGCAACUGCUGGAUCGCGCUGUGCUACACGUUCAACAACCUGCUCUACUUCGACGCGCUAUCGGCCCUCUCCGCCGUCGCGUACCAGGUCCUCUCCCAGUCCAAGACCGUCUUCACCGCUGGCCUGAUGUUCCUCCUCGUCGGCAAGCGGCUGCGGCUGAGGCAGGUCCUCGCCAUCGGGAUGCUCAUCGCGGGGGCGGUGACGGUCAACAUGCAGGAGCUGGCGCGCGCGUCGGCGUCCGCGACGGCGGCCGGCGUCGCACCCGCCGCCGUCCUGUGGGGCGUCUUUCUCGUCCUCUUCUCCUCCUUCAUCUCGGCGCUGCCAAACGUCGCGUAUGAAAAGGUUCUCAAGACAGAGGGCGAGAACCAGUACGUCAACAACGUGCAGGUCACCGUCUGGAUCAUGAUCUGGAUCGGUGUGGCGCGCAUCCUGGGCGCGAGUCGCGAGCUGCUCGCCGGCGCCGGCGCCGCCGCGCUCCCCUCCCUCUCCCUCGGCGGGCUGGCCGGCGGGCUGCGAGCCGCUUUCGACGGCUUCACCCCGGCCGUCUGGGGAGUCAUACUGCUCAAGGCGCUCAACGGCCUCCUCAUCCCCGCUACCUUCAAGUACGCCGACAACAUCCUCUACUCGUACGCCAAGCCAUCCUCCAUCGUCGUCACCACGCUGGUGUCGGCGGCCUUCGCCGGCGUCGUCCCCGCGCCCUCGCUGCUGAUAGGGGUGGCUCUCGUCGUGUCGUCUGUCGUCCUCUACUCGUCCAAGCCGAAGGCCGGCAAGGCGGACUGAGGUCGCGGCUCUUCUUCGACGGUUGCUUGCCCCUCCCGCUCGGCCGUAGCCUCCGCCACACGCCCCGUGCGAGUCCGAGGUGUGUUUGCGUGUUGGGUUGCUCCCAUGACGUCUCGUUCGGAGAGCGAGAGGGCGUGUGUACAGGGGGUGUGGGCUGUGGCGAGGUGCGAGGUGCAGAGGAGAGAGGUGCGGUCACAGGGCGACACACGUGCACUGCUGGGAGUUUUCAGAGUGCUCCCCGUCACAGUACUACAGGGAGCAUUGUUCCACUUUUGCGGCUCCUCUAGCGCGUGCACACAUGGAAAAGCCAAAAUGCAAAAAUAGAGGUU